AUGGCUGAAAUAGUAAUAAAUUCUAAAGCUUUCUUAAUAGAUAAACAAUGCACAUGGGGAGGCUGUUCGGACAGCGUCAAAUUCGGAGAGCACACCGCCAAGGAGUUCUUGGACAGCAAUGAACCGCGAACCGACACAGGACUAGUUAAUCUGCACAACAACAGAGUCGGUCGUCGGGCGGUCAAGAAAACAAUGCGAAAGAUGUGCAAAUGUCACGGCGUUUCUUGUUCUUGCGCCGUGACGACGUGUUGGAUGCGGCUCUCCGACAUGCAGACGAUUGGCAAAAGACUCCGAAGGGCUUUCGAGAACGCAAAGAGGCUCGACUAUAACGGAGGAUCCCUCAAUCCGGAACGGAAGGAUCUUGCUUGCAAAAAACGCGAACUCAUCUACUCGUACGAUUCGAUCAACUACUGCAACGCCAAUCUCACAGCGGGUACCGUUGGCACGCUGGGCCGUGAAUGCUCACUGCGACCCCGUGUGGGCGUGACCCGAAGCGAAGCCGAGAGUUGUAAGCGGCUAUGCCACGACUGUGGUCUCAAGAUCCGAACGGAGAACACGACGCAGAGUACAUCGUGCAAGUGCCGGCUCAUCUGGUGCUGUAGAGUCGAGUGUCAGACAUGCGUCACCGAGGUGACACGCACCUUCUGCGACUGACGCGAUCGUAAUACGUGGAAGCUCACGGUCAUCCUUGUAUUCACCUUCAUCGCCAUCGAAAUUUUCAUGUUCAUUAACGUAACGUUUCCGAGAACACCAUCGUCGUCGUCGUCAUCGCCAUCGAAACCGAUCGCCGUAUACAGUGGCGUGAUUUCCGACUUCCAAAGCGGAGAGUUCCCGGAGCUCUUCGAAAAAACGCUUUUGUUCGUAGAAGCUUCCGAUUUGGGACAGCGCUCCUCAAAUCGCUACGGGCAACCUUUCGGCGAGAUACGCUGAUGACUGUUCCAUCGACAGAUCAUCAUGAUUUCGGGCUGUGUUGCUCACCAAACUGGCGAAAUCGAGCUCAGGAAUUAGCCGUUGAGCUUGCGUGUGUCCGCUCGCCCUUUCCAGUGGAGAUGGGACGAUCUGUAAGAUAGGAUUUACAAAAUACGAGAGAUGAUUUCUAGCGUUCGGAGAGCAAUUCCAAGACCUCAGGAUCGAAAGGGAAUGCUCGGACGGUGCGAAUCAGCUCUUGCGUCACGAGGCUCG